GGCAACUGUUGAAGUAUUUACUACCUUUAUUGAACAGUGGUGAUUGUAGUGGUAACCCUCGUCAUCACUUCAGUUCCCUCCAUGAGCGUUUCAAUUCAAUUUAAAAGCACUUUUUUUCUUCAUUAGAUGUAUAAUGAGUAAACAGAAGAAGAAGCAGAGAAAGGGGAAUGACACACCAUUUUCAUUGGCAUUGACAGCAUCACCAAUCUUCAUCCACCAUUCUCUGGAACAACCAGUCAGCAUCUAUGCCUUCAUUUUCAAGAAGAAAGGCAAAACAAGCAAAGAAACACAAAACUUGGACCAUUCUCAACCACCAUUCUUCUCCUUCUCAUCAAAUCCAAGGCACUCACUCUUCACUCUUCACUCUCCACCAUCCCCACCUACUUCUCUCUACAUUCUUGUUGGAGGAAGCUGUUUCAGCAAACAACACCAAGAAAAUGGAGGGAUUUGUGAAUGGAACAAUACAAGACAACCAUAAAGUACAACCACGAUCUCUGAGUGAAGAUAAGGAGGUGGCUGUUGAAGUUGAUGAUUCCCAAGAUGGUGAUAUUGUCACCACUCAUGAAGAGGAGGCACCACAAAAUCAGAACAAUAAGGUGCUGACUCAGUCAAGCAAAGUUGAAGAGAUACCAGAAGAUGUUUCUGAAUCAGUUUCUGAGACUUUUGAGCCUGAUACUGUGAAAGAUGCUCGAGUGGAGAACACAGUGGAAUCAGAGACUGUUAUGUUAGAAUUUAAUGAAGAUUUUGAAUCUGAUCCAGAUGGGGUUAAGGAAACAGAUUGGUAUCCUUCAGCUUCAAGGAAUGAAGGAUUGAGAGAGUGUGAAGUGGUUGAGACAAACAUGAAGGUUGCAGAGGAGGAGAAGGAUGUUGUGUCUCAUGAUGUAUCAAAAAAGUUAACUGGGGAGGGUGAGGAAGUAAAUGAUGUUUGUGGUGAUUCGUCUUUGGGGGAAACUUCGGAGACAAGUGUUCUAAAAUCAUGUGAGAGUGACAAGGUUGCUCCAACCAUAAUUGAAAAAUCAUUGGAUUUGAAGCAAACUUUGGAAGAGAAAAUAGAGGAAUCAUCAGGUGGUGUAGAAGAGUCAUCCUAUGAAAGUGCCAAGGAGUCUUUUCAACCAUCACCGAGUGUUGUUCCUGAUGCUGAUGCUGAAAGCAUUGAAAUACCAACCACUGUACCUAUGGCUCAAAGGGAAAUCACCUCUUGGAAAAGUUGCUGUGGACUCAUUGAGAUUAUGAGGGGUGGUGACAGAUAAUUCAAGGCAGAGGAUAUUAGAAGGUUGGUGCUUGAGCUAAGGUCAGAGGCAUUGCACAUUCUUUGAGGGGCCUCUUCUAUUUCUACUCUGCUUUCCUGCUUCGUUUCUCAGUUGUUACUUCUUUUCAUUUCAAAAACGACAAACAAAUGCUACAUUUCAGUAGUGGCAUUUUGUGGAGUUCGAUUAACAACAAUUUAUUAUCUGACAUUAUAUUAAAAAUUACUUUCUCUCCAUUUUUUACAUUUUCUUUGAUUUUGUGAUGUUUUAAACUAUGCAGUUUCACGCCUCUUUUUCUUUUGUUGAGACCAUUAUUUUCAUCCAUGUAGUGACAUAUUAAACAUUUUACGUAAUUGCGUUUUUAUAAUCACUAAAUAAAUAUUUAUAACCUAUUAACUAAUACUAAACGCAAAUCUAAUCAAAUUAAUUUUAACAUGCCAUCGCAAGUUUAAGCUUUAGUUGAUUCACAAACAUAUUUGGUUGAACAUUUUAAAAAUUAGACUCGAAUAAUUAAUGGAUAAUUGUAAUUUUUCAAUUGACUAUUUAUCAAAGUAAUCCAUCUUAACUUUCGGUAAUAAAUUUUUAUAAUUUUAAACUUUUAAUAAAGCUUAAUCAAUAAUAAAAAUGAGUGUUGAAAAAUGCACUGCUAGCAUUGUUUUUUAACAAUUUUAAUAUGUACAAAUCAUGUGGAUACAUGUGUAAAGACUAUUGCAAGUGCAUAGGUCAACUAACUAAUUCUAAAGUAAAAAAGAAGAGCUUGAUAAUUAUAAUGGGGUUUUAUACCAUCUCAAUAAAAUUUUCAAAUUGCACUAAUUUAGUAAUUUAAAACUAAAUUACACAAAUAUUGUUCAAAAGCUCCAUGUCUACGUUAAUAAUUUACUUUGGGUGGGACCAUGUAAAAUUGAUGGUCCAAUAAAAAAUAGCUAGUAUUUUGUUAGUGAUAACACUUUUUCAGAUAAAUAAAAGUCAGUUAAAAAGUGAAGAAAAUACGUUAUACUACUCAGGUUGAGUAAAUGAUAGAAUUUAAAAUAAUAAAUUUAAAAAAACUAACAAAAUGUUUAAAAUUGAAUUCCCACAUAUUAUCUGUGAAAGGGAUAAAAAAAUCCCUCUCCUUUCAGUUUUGCCAUCAAAUAAAAAGAAGUAUAAAAGAAUAUUUUCAUGUUUGUUCCUCUAUUUUUCUGUAUCUAUUUUCAGCCACCUAAACGCAAUGCAGUGUGAAAGGUGGUCUUAGUGAUAAGAUUUAUCCUAGCCUGGUACUGGGCCCAAAAAUUAAAGGCGGAUACUACCUAACCUACAACGCUUUUGCUUACCACACACUCACGAAUUCAAAACGGAAAAUCAUCAUUCUACUUAUCAUGCAAUUUACAGAACCUAUUUUACCGUUUUCAUUCCUUUUGGUAAAAUAACUAUUUAGUGCCACUUAAGAGUCCUAAAAACUAGCGAUUCAUUCUAUUGAUUAUGGUGCAGUUGUCUAGGGUAUGGAAUCUUACACAUCAGAAUCAAAUUAAAAGAUAGAUAACAUGUUUACUUACAGACACAGAAUUCGGCCUCCUAAGAACUUCAAAUUAGAAUAUAAAUAUCAUAUUAUUUAACGAAGAUCCCACAUACAUUAAAACUAACAAAAUAGACUAUUGUGUCUCUUUAACUUUAAGCAAAAUGUUUGAUGGUACUAUUCAACUUAACAGAAAAUUUUAAGUGGAUUAAAAAGGGAGCAAUGCAAACCAACGCUUUCGUACCCCAAACAAGCCAACUACUUCUGAAAAAAA